AUGCCUCCGUAUAUACACCGCCAGCAGACCGUUCAUUCUGGCGAGCUAGGACAUGAUGAGAUCGGUCAAGGCCAGGACAAAUGGGAGCCUUCACGACACCAAAUCGCCAUCAUGGCGACGGCCGCCUUGUUGUCGCUGAUGGUCGCCCUUGACGCCUGUGUCAUUGUGACCUCUUUGCAGGCUAUCGUUGUAGACCUCGAGCUCAGCACGUACGACGGCUUCUGGAUAGGCACGGCGUACCUCCUAGCCAACGCCGUGCUGAUGUUAUUCAUAGCGGAUUUGAGCCGCGUGUUCGGUCGACGGCCAUGCCUGACCAUCUCGGUCGCUUUCUUUACUCUAGGCACGGUCUUGUGCUGCGUGUCGCAUUCCAUCGGCUUGAUGUUGGUGGGACGGUCUCUCCAAGGCAUCGGCGGUGCUGGCAUCAUCGUCUUAUGCCUGUUGAUUUUCACCGACUUUGUCCCUUUGCCGGUUCGGCCUACGUGGUACGGCGUAGUUCAGGCAGCAUGGGCGUUGGGCAACUGUGCCGGUCCUAUACUAGGCGGCGUCAUUGCUCAGCACACAACGUGGCGUUGGAUUUUCUACAUCAUGUUCCCAUUUUGCGCGGCUGGACUUGUUCUCGUGCCCUGGCUCGUCAACAUUGCUUCUCCGGCUGAUGGAAUGCCUAAGAAACUCGACGACAUGGACUGGCUGGGAAACGCUAUGUUCAUCGGCUCGGCCACCUUGUUGCUGGUGGCCGUCUCCUGGGGAGGUUUGCGCUACAGUUGGGGCAGCGCCGGCACUCUUGUGCCGUUGUUGCUCGGGGCAGUCGGUAUGGCGCUGACCAUGAUCUACGAGUCACGCUUCGCGAUGUCCCCGUUCUUGCAACGCCGACUUUUCCAGACCGCCAGCUCCAUCGCCACGUAUGUUUGCGGCGCCAUCCAAGGCCUCGUGAUGUACGGGCAGCUUUAUUACGUGCCCCUGUACUUUAUGGAUGUCAAGGGGUUUACUCCGGUCCAGACCGGCGUCGCACUCUUCCCCGUCAUGUUCACGCUGGUGCCGGCAUCCAUCAUCACUGGUCGACUUGUCACGGUAUUCAACAACUACCAGUGGCCGAUCUGGGCUGGCUGGACUCUGGCUACCGUCGCCUCCGGGCUGAUGAUGCUGUGGGACGUCGAGACGCCGACGAAGGUAUGGGCGCCGACGCUCGUCCUUCUUGGCCUUGGCCAUGGCUCCAUCUUGAACGCGCAGAACAUGGCGUCGCACGCUCUCUGCGACGAAGGCGACGAAGCGAUCGCCGCGGCGAUGUACGCCUUUCUCCGACAGUUUGGCAUGGCAAUCGGAGUGGGCGUCGGCGGAUCCACUUUUCAGAAUGUGAUGCUGCGCAAGCUAGAGGACGAUGGCUUGGCCCCCGCAGGUACGCACGGGGGUGCCCAUGCUAUUUCCGCCCUGUUCACCGCGACCGACGACGCUGAGCUGCGAUCCAAGAUCGUGGAUGCGUACGUGUACGGCCUGCGAGGCGUCUACGGACUGUAUGUCGGCGUAUCCGGACUGGCGCUCUUGAUGAGUUUCUUGAUUCGGAGGGUAUCACUGAACAGGAGCCUACGAUCUGAGCACACGAUGCACACGUAG